AUGAAUUCAGAUAUAUUUCCUGAACCACCGUCCGAUACCAUCGAUUGGUCUUCCCUUGGAAGCCAAAGCGUUGAAUUUCCUACUUCUCAUGUGGAAUGCACCUACUCCCCCACAAGAAGCUUCUGGAGCGCACCCACAGUGAUCAACAACCCAAAUCUUCAAAUCAACGGCUUCGCCGUGGGACUAAACUACGGAGGACCAUAUUAUGAGUCCCUUACCGCCCGACGCACGCGAGAUGAUCGCAUUCUUCUUUUCCGGCCCCACGAUCAUGCCCGUCAUUUGGCAGAUGCUGCAACAGCGGUAGGCAUGACGGCUGUCCCCGAGCACAUCUUCCUAGAGUGUGUUAGGAAGGCAGUAGCAGUCAAUACGUCCUAUGUACCUCCGCCUCAGACAGAUGCGGUGCUCUACAUUCGUCCGCUUUUGUUUGGCCCUAGUGUUCCUCGCAUUCGCGAUUCUCCGGCGCAGUAUAUCUUCUGUGUGUUUGUGCAGCCGGGUGCGGUGUAUCCGCGGACAGCGGCGCAGAACGCAAUUGUUCUGAGCGAUAGUGGUGCUGAUGAUGUUCCUACUGCAGCGGAGACCCAGAAAUGCUCUCGAACUGAAACUUGGGAUGAGGGGUGGAAAAGGGGUUUGGGGGGUACAGGGCAGCUAGAUGGCCGACAGGCAGAGCGGGACGAUUAUACUAUGAAGCUCCAUCUGGAAAACACCCGACAUGGGUCAUUCAUCAAGGGGUUCACAGCGUCCGCAUUUAUUGGGGUGCAGGAGGAGCACGGUAGGUAUACGUUGAUGGUGCCGAGACAUCCCAGCCGGAGCAUCAUUAGUGAUUCGUGCGUUGCGAUUGCUAGACAGCUUGGGUGGAAGGUGAAAGUUGGGCCGAUUUCGGUCGAUGACAUCGAUACCCUGUCCGAAGUCAUUGCCACCAGUACUUGGCACUGGCUGCUCCCAAUUCGACUGAUAUUCUGCCCAUCCGCCCGACAGACAGUAGUCUACCACGCUGGGUCUCAUAAGGCGGGCUCUGCGUGUCGAGUGCUGCGCAAUGCGAUUGGAAAAAUUAUGGGUGGGGAAGUCUCGGACAUAUGGCAAUGGUGUGUGUUAGUGACGCAGGAGGAUUGA